ACUGAAGACGAAGCAGACGUCCUGUGAUUAAAAAAAAGUUUCGACAGGACUGUGCUGGUUCAACACGAGGUUCUGAGAUCUCUAAACGAACUCAAUAUCGGCACUUAAAACUGUAGCUGAGGUCUUUCAACUUAUUUACAGCCAUCAGGGUUAGUGAAUCAUGAAUGUCCAAGUGGAAAGAAAUUCCCAGAACCUCAGACCAGAGAUGCCAGCCAUCUUUGAUGGCAUGAAGCUGGCUGCAGUAGCCACUGUGCUGUACAUCAUAGUGCGCUGCCUUAACCUAACAAGUCCCUCAUCAGCCCCUAAAAUCACCUGUCGGAAUACACCACUUAAUCAAUACCUGCUCAAGUCCUGCUCUAUUCUAAACAAACAGUACGUUCCACCAUUACUAUGGGGUAAAAGUGGACAUUUUCAAACUGCGCUCUAUGGAAAGAUGGGUCGGGUGAACUGUCCUCAGCCCUGUGGCAUGCGCUUGUAUCUUCCAAUGCACGAUGGAGCUACAGCCACGUUUGACCUUUUUGAGCCUGUUGGUGAUCAUGUAACCGGUGAUGACAUAACCAUGGUGAUCUGCCCAGGGAUCGGUAACCACAGUGAGAAGCAUUAUAUCCGUACCUUUGUGGAUCACUCCCAAAAGCAUGGCUACAGAUGCGCUGUGCUUAACCACCUGGGGGCCUUACCAAACAUCGAACUCACCUCCCCGAGGAUGUUCACCUAUGGCUGUACCUGGGAGUUUUCAGCCAUGGUGAGUUACAUAAAACGUACAUUCCCUCAGACCUGGCUCAUUGUGGUGGGCUUCAGUCUAGGUGGGAACAUUGUGUGUAAGUUUCUGGGAGAGAACCAGGCCAAUCAGGACAGGGUGUUGUGCGGUAUCAGUAUCUGUCAGGGCUAUUGUGCUCAGAGAGCCCAUGAUACAUUUUUCCAGUGGGACAAUUGCAGGAGAAUUUAUAACUUUUUCAUGGCUGACAAUAUGAAAAAGAUCAUCCUGACCCACAAAAAAAGCUUGUUUGGACCACAGUCUGGCAAACUGGAUGCUGGAGACUUAAGGUCUCUCUACAUGGCCACAUCUCUUGCUCAGAUUGAUGACUGUAUCAUGAGAAAGUUCCAUGGUCAUAAUUCCUUGAAAGAGUUCUAUGAGAAGGAAAGCUGUGUACAUUACAUUCGCAAUGUUAAUGUUCCUCUUCUCGUGAUUAAUUCAUCAGAUGAUCCUCUUGUCCAUGAGUCUCUUCUGGACAUACCUCACACCCUGGCAGAACAUAAAGAGAAUGUAAUAUUUGUGCUGACACAGCAUGGAGGGCAUAUGGGCUUCUUUGAGGGCACCAUGCUCUUCCCUCAGCCUCUUACCUGGAUGGACAAAGUCAUCAUCAGCUAUGCUAAUGCCAUCUGCCAGAGGAAGAAGGAGUACCCACAGUAUCACCAAGCCAUGGACUGUACAGAACUCAAAGGCAAAGCUUAGCACAGGAAAAAGACCACAGCAAACAUAAUUUUCUUUUCACUCAUUAUCAAGUGUAACUCGAAUGCAUUCAAGGACUUUCAAAGGCUGACUCACUUGUCUCCGUGUAUACUGAAUUUAAAAAAAAAUGGAGACACAUGAAGACAGUAAAUAACACACUUUCUAUGUUCCCUCACCACAACUGUACAAUACACAGUAGUAAGGGAGCUUCUUCUGUACAAGCUUGUUUUUAGUACUGAAGUGAGCAUAUGUCUAUAAGUGAUCAAGUGCAUUUAAAAAUAAUAAUACAUAUCAUAGUUCAUUUUAGUUAAUAUGAUGGUAACAUUUACAUGGUGACUUAAUGUCUACAAAAUAGACACUUUCAGCAGAAGAAGGAUUUGUGUUUGCACAAAUACUGUCAGUUUAUCAUGCUGCCUUACACACUGAUAAGAUUGCUGUAGUCACUAUUUGCUCUCCGGUAAUGAGUAACCGCUAAUGAUUUGCUAGAUGGCUCUCU